CGAAUCGGACGCUGGCGCAACUACGAAUCUUAGUGAAUUUGCCCCUUUGUUUCCACAUAUGCCCAUUAGAUUUUUAGGUUCUGCCAUACAAACAGAAUUAUGCAGUGACACCUGUACUUUACUUUACAGAGACUUCAAACCGGAAAACAUUCUGUUCAGCAACAAGGGACACAUCAAGAUUGCUGACUUUGGAUUGGCUGCUGAGAACGUAUUUGGCAACAAAACCAUCUCAGGAUCAAUUGGGACAUUGCACAACAUGGCCCCAGAGAUGGUCCAGUGUCACAUCUACAAUUCAGCAGUAGACUGGUGGGCUUUUGGGAUUGUCUUGUGCAAAAUGGCCACUGGAAGAUCACCUUUUUAUGAAGGCCGUAAAGCAGAGAAAUGCAUCCAUUUUAUCCUCAAUUGCCAGCCCAGCUAUUCAGAACAGCUCAGUACAGAACUGCAAGAUCUUCUGGAAAAGCUCCUAAAGAAGAAGCCAUACCAGCGGCUUGGGUUCAAGGGGGAUAUAAGGAGACACCACUUUUUUAAAUCUAUCAACUGGAUUGAAGUAGAAAGACAAAAGGUCGAACCACCUUUCCAGCCAGAACCUCAACCAAAUCCUGAUGUGAGCAUUCCAGCAAGUGCCUUAGAGGUCCUCAACAUUGACACCGCCUCAACUCACAGCUACAGUCUUCAGGAUUUCACAUAUCUGAGUCCCAGCUGGAAGACAUAA